UGCGGGGCGGGCCGUUCUGGGGGGCGGGAGGCCUCGGCAUGGAGGAGCGGGGGGAGCGCAUGGGGCUGCAGUGCCGCCAGCACAGCGCCUCCUGCCACGAAUUCUCGGUGCGCUGCCAGCCCGUGCAGCUCCGCUCACUGAGCGCCGUCACCUGCUCCGUGUGGCUGGCGGCAUACUGGCUCUUCGUGCUCACCCAGAACAGCAUGGUGCUCUCCGCAGCUAUAUUUAUCACUCUGAUCGGCCUGAUCGUAUACCUGCACUUCGUGAAAAUUGACCAAGAGUCCCUGUUAGUCAUUGCAUCACUUGGCAUCCAGAUGACCUCAUCUUAUGCCUCAGGCAAGGAGAGUACAACUUUCAUUGAAAUGAGCCAAGUGAAGGAUGUGGUGAUCAACGAGGCUAUUUACAUGCAAAAAGUUAUCUAUUACCUGUGCAUACUUCUCCGAGACCCUCUGGAUCCACAAAGCGUGUCUGAAGUGGUGCCACUCUUUCAGCAGAGGCCAAGGACCAUGGAGUCUGAACUCCCCUUUCCUAAAGGUGGAUGCUUCAGGGCAAGAGUUCAGGCACAUUGCUGGAGCUCCAAGCCACGUCUGGACUGCUUGGUUGAAGUGUACAGAAGUUGUCAAGAAAUCCUGGAGCAGAGGAAAACCGUUUCACAGACACUUUAAAAAAAAAGCUAAUCAAAGCAGAAAUGUUGCAAGCUGGGAUAUAUUUGUGUAUAGCUAGAAACAACUGACUGCACUUUUAAUCAGGUCUCAUGAGCCUAUGGAGUAGCAGCAGAGUGAAGCUAGUGUUGUCAUUCUUGCUAAAAGGCCAUGUAGACCUUUAUGGAAAAUUGAUCAGCCAGGCACAAUACCUACCCCUUUGUCAAGAUGAUGAUGUGGGAGUUAAUUAAGCUCUUUACCAGGCUCUCACUAACUCUAUUCAACCAAGUGAAUAGAGAUGGAACUGCACAAAGGGUUACUUCUGCCUGGAGAGGAAUUAUAGGGAUGAAAGUGGAUGAGGAAGAUGAAGUAUCAGAUUUACAUUUCAGUGGAUCAUAACUUUUGAUAAACACAGUAAAGCCUUGUCCAGAUGACCAGAUCCCAAACAGAAAUAAGUCUCAGCCUGAAAUCCUUUUAACAUUUACUUGGAUUGGGGGUGGGGGGAACUAGCCUAAAAUAGCCAAAGCUGAAUAGAUGUGAAGGGAGGGGGCAGGGCUGGGGGGAGCCCAGGAACUCAGAGUUGAAGACAACCAAGAGAAAGGAAGCAUACCCAGGAAAAAUAAGUCUGCUGUGGCAUUCAGUUCCUGUUUCAUGAAUACCACCCUCUUAAUUGUUAGGACCCCUUAGAGAUAUCUGGGGCCCCAUGUACACGCAGGAAAAUCUGUUGCUGAUAUUGCUGCCUGACAAGGCUGAAUGACUGUAAAUAAAGUUGGUUUUU